GAGCUGUUAUUUGAGUGGUGAUGUAACAAUUCUCUCCUUCCUAACCAUAGAGAAAACAAUGCCAAACUGCGUGGAAGGAGGUGUAGAAAAUUCAAGUCAACGUAGAAAUUUGCAGGUUGGAAGAAGCAUACUGAAAUUUAAUAAAUUAAUUCUUUCAAGUCUCAAGCCAAUCACACUAUUUUCUAUAAACAAUAAGCUUUCAAGUUACGUUCGUUCAACGGAACAUUGUGCUAAUUAGUAUUGUUGAUCUUCCAGAACUCUCGCUUGGGAAAUAUGUUUGUUUAUUAUUCAAAGCAUAAGAAUUCAUCCAAGAAACAAUAUCCAACAAUUAUAGAAGAGCUAUGUCAUCAAUUUUCUCUGGAUGACCUUAAGAAAUCAACCAAUAACUUUGAUGAAGAUCGAUUAAUUGGAAGUGAAUUUGAAACUAGAGAUGCAAAUUACGGUAAAGAGUAUAGAGGUUGUCUCAAACAUAAUGGUGAAUCUGAUUAUCCAAUAGCGGUGAAGGUUAUGAAACGCAGAGACAGGAGGGAUUUAAUGAAGAAUAUUAUUGAACUCCAUUGCCAACUUCAUCAUCCGAAUUUGAUAUCUUUAAUUGGAUUUUGUGAAAACAAAUAUGUAUCAUGUCUUGUGUAUGAGUACAUGUGCAAUGGCUCUCUCCAUGAUCGCUUACUUUCAAGGGAUAUGGAAUCACUGUCAUGGAAGAAAAGGCUUGAAAUAAGCAUUGAAGUUGCAAAAGGACUACACUACCUUCACACUGGAGCAAAGCGCCCGAUUUUCAACCGUGACAUCACAACUCACAACAUUCUUUUAGAUAGCAAAAUGGUACCAAAACUCAAACUUGAAAUUUCCUUACAAGGGAAGUUUUCUAAAUUGAACCAAAAACCAAUUCAAGUCGACGCAAUUUUCGGUACAAUCAAUUACAUGGCGCCUGAGUAUGCCCUAUAUGGAACUGUCACAGAUAAAUCUGACGUUUACUCUUUUGGUAUGGUUCUACUUGAUGUAGCAUGCACAAACUACAAUCUUACGAUCAGGGAUAAGAUUGAAAUGUUCCGGUUGGAGGAGGAAAUUGCAUUUUUAGAAGACCAUAAUGAGGUUUUACUUUUAUAUGAAGAUAUACUUAAAGGAGAUAACUUCUGGGACAAGUUCCUAGAUGCUGAGAUUAUUGAUCCCAUUCUUAUGAGAUUGAUUGCUCUGCCGUGUUUGGAAGUGUACAUGGAUAUUGCGAAAAGAUGCUUGAAAUCUGAUCCAAAUGAAAGACCAGCAAUGGGUGAAGUUGAGGUUGAACUUGAGCAUGCUCUAGCACUGCAGGAGGAGGAAGAAAAGUGUUGGAAAGAGUAAUGGUGUUGUAACUUUUUUAAUUUCAAUCUAACAAUCGUCAAACACUACAUUAUUAUUUAAAGAAAACAUAUGUUCACUAAGA